AUGGCCUCACAAACUCUCGGAUUCGUCGGAUGCGGCAACAUGGGCGGAGCCGUCCUAAACGGCAUCCUCACCGCAUCAUUCACAAACCCCUCCACAGAACCGAAGCCGAUUUCCCAAUUCAUUGCAUGCACCAAGUCUGCUAGCUCAGCAGCGCGCAUUGAAGCUGAGAUCGCACCCGAGCACAGAGAUAUCAUCAAAGUCGUUUCCGGACAAAAUGUUCAAACCAUGCGGGACUCUGAUAUCGUCAUUCUCGGAUGUAAGCCCUUCAUGGCGGAUGAUGUGCUGAGAGAAAAGGGUGUGCGCGAGGCUUUGGCUGGGAAACUUGUUAUUAGCAUGCUGGCUGGUCAGUCAUGUGAGAAUUUGACGAGGAUCAUCAAAGAGGGUCCUGGGGCACAGGGUUCGGAGAAUACAGAGCUCGUGUUGGGUCCUAAGGUUAUGAAGGUUAUUCCGAAUAUGGGAGCACAGUUCGGUGAAUCGAUGACUAUUAUUGAGACGCCUGCGGCGGGUAUCGAGGAGGAUCUGGUGCGUACGGUGGAAUGGAUCUUUGGUCAGGUUGGGAAGAUCAAGUUCCUUGCGCCUGAGCAGACUGGUCUGGCGACUGUGCUUGUUGGAGCGACGCUGGCGACCUUGACGCUUCCAAUUGAGGGGCUGUUGGAUGGAUGUGUUGCUGAAGGGUUCAAGAGGGCGGAUGCUAUGGAAAUGGUGCUGCAGGGAAUUCGGGGGUUGUCUGCUGUUCUAGAGUCUGGAGCGCAUCCAGCCGCUGUGAGAGAGAGCAUUUCCUCCCCGAGGGGAUGCACCAUCCAGACUCUGUUGAGUCUCGAGAAGGCGGGGACAAGAUCGGACUUUGCAGAAGCUAUGAUCCGGGGGAAUAAACAUCUUAAAGAAAACAUGUAG